AGCCGCGCCGCCUGGCCCUUCCCGCGGCCCGUAGCGCGGCCGCGCAGGCGCAGGAGGCUCGGCAGCCCCGUCGCCAUGGAACCGGACGGGACCUACGAGCCGGGCUUCGUGGGUAUUCGAUUCUGCCAGGAAUGUAAUAACAUGCUGUACCCGAAGGAGGACAAGGAGAACCGCAUUCUGCUGUACGCGUGCCGGAAUUGCGAUUACCAGCAGGAAGCCGACAACAGCUGCAUCUACGUCAACAAGAUCACGCACGAAGUGGACGAGCUGACCCAGAUCAUCGCCGACGUGUCCCAGGACCCCACGUUGCCGCGGACCGAGGACCACCCGUGUCAGAAGUGUGGCCACAAGGAGGCGGUGUUCUUCCAGUCGCACAGUGCCCGAGCUGAGACCCUUCCUGACCGGGCGUUCUUACCGCCAGGAUGCCAUGCGCCUGUACUACGUGUGCACCGCCCCACACUGCGGCCACCGCUGGACCGAGUGACCUUUCCUUCCUCCGCCGGUAAUAAAGGCCAGUUUUUUCUAUGCCAGCGUUUCGUGUUUAUUCGUCUCUCGGACAGGAAGCCGCCAGGGUGUCAGGCUGCGCGGUGCAGUGUGCGGUGCUGAGCGUAGGCGUCGGGCCUCGAGCUGGUGAAGCCGCACUCCUCGCACACGUGCAGCUUCUCCCUGCGCUCCCGGUAGGCGUAGCUGGCCGGCUGCCCGUGCACCUUGGCCAGGUGGGCCUCCAGGGAGCAGCGCUGCGUGAAGGCUUUCCCGCAGGCCCCGCAGCGGAAUGGCCGGAUCCCUGCAGAGACCGGGGAGUCCGGGGCCUUAGGUUUCCUGUCGUGGUCCAAGCUGGGCCCUGCUAUGGUCAUGGCCCACUUAACAGGAAGUGUCUCCUGAGAGAGGGGGAGCCUGAGCAGCCGGGAAAGUCCCCUUGACUGCUCUGAAUCUGUAGUCUAAGAUGUAUUGAUUUAUUUUUGAGACAGUCUCACCGUGUAGCCUUAGCUGGCCUAGAACAUGGAUCCGCCAACCUCUGCCCCCCAAGUGCUGGAAUUAAAGGCAGGUACCACCAA